GAGACUUCUAGGUGAGAAACUACAAGCUCCUCGUCACUGUACAUCAGUAAGUUAGACUUUCUGCAUCCUGAAACAUCUUUGUUCCUCUUUCUUUUCUGAACUGAACUCAAGAAAGAGUUAAAUGUCAGUUGAGGAAAUGAGAUUACAACCAAGACUUUAAUAUUUUCUUUGUGAAGGAUCUAAAAUAAAUACCCAUUGAAGAAGUAUGGACAUGAGGUCUGCAGAUCAUCUUGACAUUUUCCUGAAUCCACCGGGCAUUAGGAAUGAUGAGAGACAUCCAGAGGGGACUGUUAGAGAAAGACACAUGGAGAGGAAAAAAACCUGUGGAGACCUCCUUAAAGAAUUUAAAAUCUUCAUUUGGAAUCCAGAGAAAAAAGAAGUGCUGGGAAGAAAUGCAAAAAGUUGGAGUGCAAUUUUAUUAUUUUACUUGAUCUUUUAUGGUUUUCUAGCAGGAUUCUUUAUGUUAUGCAUAUAUGGAUUACUUGCUACUAUUAGCCCCUUCGUUCCUACUUACAGAGACAGAGUUUUUCCCCCAGGUGUAACAAUUCGACCACAUAAUAGUAUUUUUCAUUACUCAUUUAAUGCUUCUGAGAUAAGUACGUGGUCAUCAUAUUCAGACAGUCUAAAUACAUUUCUUGAAGCCUAUAAUGAUGAUACACAAAUAGCUUACAACAUUGAUUGUACUCCAGGACAAUACUUUAUCCAAGAAGGAGAGGAAAGUGCAGAAAAGAAAGCCUGCCAGUUUAGACGCUCACAGUUACAGAACUGCUCUGGAAUUGAGGAUCCAACGUUUGGCUUUUCCGAAGGGAAUCCAUGUUUCUUACUAAAGAUGAAUCGGAUUGUUGGUUACAAGGCUGGUGAUGGAAUUCCAAUUUUUGUAACCUGUGAGGUUUUGAAAGGUGCUCAGAGUGAUCUUGGAGAAGUAUUCUUCUAUCCAAAAGACAGUUUCGACCUUAUGUAUUAUCCUUACUAUGGUAAACUCACUCAUGUAAAUUAUACUUCUCCUUUGAUAGCAAUGCAAUUCACAGGGGUGAGAAGAAAUCAUGAAGUCACCAUUCAAUGCAAAAUAAAUGGAAAACAUAUUAUUAGUGAUUAUAAAAAUGACCGUUUCCUGGGUAGAACAGUUUUCACACUGCACAUUGGAUGAUUUAAAAAAAAAAAAAAACUAGUGCCUUCUGCAAACUGAUCAGUGCUCCCUGACCAUUUCCAGUGACUAUUUAUUUUAAUGCUUAGCCCUUAUCAAGAACAGGUGUGAUGUUUUAGUCUGUAUCUUACCAUAAAUGUUGGCCAGUGAUAAGUCAGAAAAAAGUGUCACUUUAUUUUUUAUGGAAGAGCUUUUCUGACAUGGAUUUCCUAUAGAUGUUCCCAGUUAUAAAAUAUUGCAUAUUUUCCAAUGGAAAUUAAAAAUCAUCAAGGCCUCACCUAUGCUGCAUACGUCAAGUAGCAGUAUUCUUGUAUUUAAUUAAAAACUGUGGAUGUUUAAUACAGCGUGGAACAGUAUAUUUUAAAAUGUCAAAUAAUGUAGUGUUCAUUACACUCUGCUAUCCCACUUUUUUCCAUUUUGGAAAUGUGUUCAUGUAAAAAUUUUAUUUAAUUAUGUGUUUGUUAUUUUUUUGGUAUAUAUCAUGAAAACAAUUAGUAAAACAUUAGACUUUAAAAAUGAGACUGUAUUGAAAGCAUUUAUAUCCAUAAAUACUGUAUUUCUUUAAAAGGUUAAUGCCAUGCAUGUAAUUAUUGUUAUUAUUGUUAUUACCACCUUGACAACAUUACCAGCCCAUUAUUCUACAUAUUGGUCAUUUUGAGGCCUUAAACUUAAAGGGACAAGAAAAUCAAAAUUAAACUUGUAUAAUUCAGAUACAGCAUGCAAUUUUUAAAAAAAACUUUGAUUUUAUUGUUUUAUAAAUCAAAUUCUAUUAAACAAAUUAUGUGGUUCUCUU